GUGGUCGUGGACGUGGACGUGGACGUGGACGUGGACGUGGUCGUGGACGUGGACGUGGACUUGGACUUGGACUUGGACGUGGACGUGGACGUGGACGUGGACUUGGACGUGGACGUGGACGUGGACGUGGACGUGGUCGUGGACGUGGACGUGGUCGUGGUCGUGGACGUGGACGUGGUCGUGAACGUGGACAUGGACGUGGACGUGGACCUGGACGUGGACGUGGACGUGGACGUGGACGUGGACGUGGUCGUGGAGGUGGUCGUGGUCGUAGACUUGGACGUGGACGUGGAGGUGGUCGUGGACUUGGAGGUGGUCGUGGACGUGGACGUGGACGUGGACGUGGACGUGGACAUGGUCGUGGACGUGGACGUGGACGUGGACGUGGACUUGGACGUGGACGUGGACGUGGACGUGGACUUGGAAGAGGACGUGGACGUGGUCGUGGACGUGGACGUGGACUUGGACUUGGACUUGGACUUGGACGUGGACGUGGACGUGGACUUGGACGUGGACGUGGACGUGGACGUGGACGUGGACUUGGACGUGGUCGUGGACAUGGACGUGGACGUGGACGUGGUCGUGGACGUGGACGUGGUCGUGGACGUGGACUUGGACGUGGUCGUGGACGUGGUCGUGGACUUGGUCGUGGACGUGGACGUGGACUUGGACGUGGUCGUGGACGUGGUCGUGGACGUGCACGUGGACGUGGACGUGGUCGUGGACAUGGAUGUGGACGUGGUCGUGGACGUGGACGUGGACUUGGACGUGGUCGUGGACGUGGUCGUGGACGUGGACGUGGACUUGGACUUGGACGUGGACGUGUUGGACGUGGACGUGUUCUUGGACGUGGACGUGGAGUUGGACGUGGACGUGGACGUGGAUGUGGUCGUGGACGUGGACGUGGACGUGGACUUGGACGUGGACGUGGACGUGGUCGUGGACGUGGACGUGGACGUGGAGGUGGACUUGGAGGUGGUCGUGGACGUGGACGUGGACGUGGACGUGGUCGUGGACGUGGACGUGGACUUGGACCUGGACUUGGACGUGGACGUGGACGUGGACGUGGACCUGGACCUGGACGUGGACGUGGACCUGGACCUGGACGUGGACGUCGACGUCGACGUGGACCUGGACGUGGUCGUGGACGUGGACGUGGACGUGGACGUGGACGUGGUCGUGGACGUGGUCGUGGACGUGGACCUGGUCGUGGACGUGGACGUGGACGUGGACGUGGUCGUAGACUUGGACGUGGACGUGGUCGUAGACUUGGACGUGGACGUGGAGGUGGUCGUGGACUUGGAGGUGGUCGUGGACGUGGACGCGGACGUGGACGUGGACGUGGACGUGGACAUGGUCGUGGACGUGGACGUGGACGUGGACGUGGACUUGGACGUGGACGUGGACGUGGACGUGGACUUGGACGUGGACGUGGACUUGGACGUGGACGUGGACGUGGACUUGGACUUGGACUUGGACUUGGACUUGGACUUGGACUUGGACGUGGACGUGGACGUGGACGUGGACGUGGACGUGGACGUGGACCUGGACGUGGACGUGGUCGUGGACGUGGUCGUGGUCGUGGACGUGGUCGUGGACGUGGUCGUGGACGUGGACGUGGACUUGGACGUGGUCGUGGACGUGGUCGUGGACGUGGUCGUGGACGUGGACGUGGACGUGCACGUGGACGUGGACGUGGACGUGGACGUGGUCGUGGACGUGGACGUGGACGUGGACUUGGACGUGGUCGUGGACGUGGUCGUGGACGUGGACGUGGACUUGGACUUGGACGUGGACGUGUGGGACGUGGACGUGGUCUUGGACGUGGACGUGGAGUUGGACGUGGACGUGGACGUGGAUGUGGUCGUGGACGUGGACGUGGACGUGGACUUGGACGUGGACGUGGACGUGGUCGUGGACGUGGACGUGGACGUGGAGGUGGACUUGGAGGUGGUCGUGGACGUGGACGUGGACGUGGACGUGGUCGUGGACGUGGACUUGGACCUGGACUUGGACGUGGACGUGGACGUGGACCUGGACCUGGACGUGGACGUGGACGUGGACCUGGACCUGGACGUGGACGUCGACGUGGACGUGGACCUGGACGUGGUCGUGGACGUGGACGUGGACGUGGACGUGGUCCUGGACGUGGACCUGGUGACGUGGACGACGUGGUCGUGGACGUGGUCGUGGACGUGGUCGUGGACGUGGUCGUGGACGUGGACCUGGACUUGA